GAAUUAAAAAGUCGAAAAGUAAUGAACAAAACGUGUUUCAGGCGAAUUUAUUUUGUUUGUUCUUUUACCUUUAACCAGUGCUAUUAAUAUAUAAAUACCCGACUAAUUAAUAUCUGUAAGCCGCUUAUUCUGAAAGUAUUGUUUAGAAAGUAAAUUUCUCAAAAUGGUAGUAGUUUCGCCUUCAUUUUCGGAACCGGUGGAGGGUAUUAUUAUGCAAAGUCCUUCCACAAAAUUGCUUGUAAACGAUCAAGAAUUAGGAACUGCAACUUUAUAUAUCACCCAACACAAUGUUGUAUGGGGAGGGGGUGUUGGUAAUAAUGGAGGUCCAUCCCCAACAAUCUCCUUAUUGUACCCCAACAUCUCACUGCAUGCUAUACAGAGGGAACCUUCCGCAGCAUUGUAUAUGGUGCUUAAUUAUGAACUCAGAUUACCCGAGUUGACUACACAAUCUGGUGAUGCUGGUGAUGAUGAUGAUGACUUUGAUGUUGAUGAUCAACCUAUCACACAGUUACGGUUCAUUCCACAAGAUGAAGGUGACCUUCAGCAGAUGUAUUCGGCAAUGAGUCAGGGUCAGUCUCUACAUCCUGAUCCUACAGAUGAGGUGGAUGAUGAUGACCCAUACCUUGACGGAGAGGAUUUCAAUGAAGAAAUCAUAGGUGAUGAAGAGUUUGAGGAUGCAGAAGAGAGCGAGGAAGCACCAGCUGAACGUCUGAGACAACUUCGCCUUGAGAACUCUAAUGGAGUACAUUACCAAGACUGUGAAGACACUGAGAUUGGGGAGGAAUAAUUCCAGUACUUUAACGUUUAUUUUGUGUAAUGAGUUAUACAUAUUGAUAUAUGUUAACUAUACAUAUAUGGUACAAUUGUCAGAUAUAUAACGUACUAAAAUUAUAGAAGUGUUUCAUUUUUCGAUUUUUUUUUAAUAAGUAAUGAUUUUUAUUAUUCGAUUUUGAUAAUUUGCUUCAUAAGAAACUAUGAAAUGUGGAUAUGAGUCCAAGGGACCGCGAUUAUUUCUCACUAAUGAAGGUUGUAUAUGACCAAUGUGUCAAUAGCCUAAUGGUUAAUGAUACGGAUUUCCGAUCACGAGGUCGGGGGUUCGAAUCCCGCCAUUCG